UGAAGAGCUGACUGACUACAUACUUUGUGGAGAACUAUUCAAGCUGUGCAAUGGCAAAGCGCGUGGCCGUUCUUCUCUCCGGUUGUGGAGUCUACGAUGGCACCGAGAUCCAUGAGGCAUCCGCCGUCCUUGUUCAUCUGAGUCGCGCUGGAGCCAAAGCACAAAUGUUUGCACCGAACCAGGACCAGAUGCACGUUAUCGACCAUAGUGAGGGAAAGCCUUCGGGCAGCGGAAGAAACGUCCUGCAGGAGAGCGCCAGAAUUGCCAGGGGUGACAUCACAGAUUUGGCCAAGUUGGAUGUUUCAGCGUUUGAUGCUGUCGUCAUACCUGGUGGUUUUGGUGUGGCAAAAAACUUCAGCGAUUGGGCAGUGAAAAAUAAGGACUUCACCAUCAAUUCAGAGGUAGAGAAGAUCCUCAAAGAUUUCCACAAUGCUGGAAAGCCAAUAGCCAUGUGCUGCAUUGCUCCAGUCCUUGCUGCCAAAUUUUUGCCUGGUUGUGAGCUGACAGUGGGGCAGGACAAGGAGAGUGACAUGUGGCCGUACGCACAGACGGCCGGCGCUUUGAAGGAGAUGGGCUGCAAGCACGUGAAUAAAGAUGUGGAGCAAGCGCACGUUGAUGUCAAACACAAACUCAUCACCACACCGGCUUUCAUGUGCAACGCUCCCAUUCACAAGAUCUCUGAUGGAAUCGGCGUCAUGAUUAGGGAAACACUGAAACUCGCUUAAGUCUUGUACGAAUAUAAUUCCAUAUGUUCACAUAAUCGCAUAUUUGUUCAUUUCAUAUAUUGAUGCCCAUAAAUUCAUUGUUAUUAUAUUACAGUGUUUAGCUUAUUUGCUGGGCAUCUGUGACCUAUGACUUUUUCUUGUUAAGAAGCAUGAAGUAAGAUCCUUUCUACCAACCAAAGUCGUAACAGUUUUUUUAGUCAUGCUUCAUUCUAGUGAUUUUUCAGUUUUUCAUGCCAUGCCUGAUUUAUAGGCUGGCAGCAUCCUGCCGAUUUGCAGAAACAUAAUAUAAAGUGUAACAUUGUCUGAUAUCGGGACUGAAUCUUUUCAAAGGCACCUACGGGCACUCGAGAACCGAGGUCCAGACCUGUAUUUUAAUUGUGCUUUUCAUAACAAAUGUAUUUAGCUUAGGUGUUUAUCAUUUUCUUUAUUACACCGGAAUUGUGUGUCGUCAUCUUUUGUCCAUUUAAGAGAAUUAAAGAAAAAAAAAAAGGACUUUUUCCUGUUCAAGCUCCAAAAUCUCACUGUGUUUGUGUAUUGCUUACCUUUGAUUUGAUUUUCUACCAUGUAAACUCACAAAACCCUUGUUCGUUUCAUUGUUAUUGUCA